AUGAAUCCUAAUAAUACGAUAGAUGACACAUAAUUUUCUUUAGUUGAAAAAAAACCUAAAAAAUCCCAACUAUUUUAAAAAAUAUUCUUCUUUAUUUUAGGUGUGUCAUCAUUGUCAGGUUGGAAUGCUAUCUUAACUGGAUUAUCAUAUUUUGCUGAUUAAUAUAAAGGUAAAAAUUAACACAAAUAAUAUAGGACGUAAUGUUUACUUCAUAAUGCCUAUUCCUAAUUUCAUUGGUUUGUGUUUGAUUGGAUUGUUCUUACCUCGCAUAAGUUCUUUACUAUCAAUGUUUUUUAGAAUUGUGUGGGCAUUAACAAUUUUGUGUAUUCUUUUAAUACUUUUGCCAAUAAUAGCAUUAGAAAUGCAUAGUACUUUAGGUAUGAAUAUUAUGAAUAUAAUAAGGAUAUUGGUUAUGUUUAGUAACUAUUUUUGUAAUGGGAAUAUUUUCAUCCUUAUAAUAGAAUAGUUCAAUAGGUAUGUCUGGAAUACUGGGUCCAGAAUACGUUAAUGUAUUUUUUAUAGGUACAGGAGCAUCUGGAACUAUUAUUACCAUUUUUAGAUUAAUAUCUUUGGCUGCAAUCAAUAGUGAAAAAUGUAAUUUUAUUUAUAUAUUGAAUAGCUAUAUUUUUAUAUAUUGGAAUUGCAGUACUUUGGAAUAUUGGUGCAAUAGUAAUGUAUUUUGCAUUUACUAAAACUCCUUAAUAUAGAAAAAUUAUUUAAGCUCAUAAAAAAGGUAGGAAAUCUGUUUUAGUUCAUGAUUAAAUUAUUACUAAAGAUGAACCAGACGAUGUAAUAUAAAAUGAUAGUUUGAUUUCAGAUAUUAUAAACUCAGAAAUUGCAAAUCAAAUUAAUUUAACUUAAGAUUCACAUCCCAAUACAGAAAAUUAAUAAACUAAUUCAAAUAAAAAUUAAAUCUCUAUUGAAAAGAUGAAUGUUAUAUAAACAUUGGUUUGGAUAAAUAAAGUUGCUUUUCCUAUUCCAUUACUAAUUGUAGCUCUAUAUGUUUAAACGUUUAUGAUGUUUCCUGGAGUUGCAUUUCAAAAAUCAUUUGAUUCUGAUUUUGUUGAUUGGGGUUAAUGCAUUAUUAGUUUAGGAUAUAAUAUAGGUGAUACAUUAGGAAAGUUUUUAGCUGGUAAUAGAAAACUAUUUAAUAUUAAAAUUUUAAUUGGAUUAUUUUUAGCUAGAUUUGUUUUUUAUUACACUUAUAUAGCAAUUGCAAAAGGAACUCUGGAUGCCAAUUGGAUUUCUUAUAUGAACACACUUCUUUUUGGAACCUUAAAUGGAUUUAUUACAACAGGUUAUAUGAUUUUGGGACCAGAAAAAGUAAUUAUGAAAAUUUAUAUUAUUAGACAAACGAAGGUUUUGUUAAAGAAAAAAUUGGUUUUGUUUCUGGAUUUUCCCUUUGCUUUGGCAUUAUGUUAGGUACAUUCUUAGCUUUGCCUUUUUCAAAUAUAUCUAGUUGAUUUGUAUAUUAAUUAAAGGUAUUUAGCCUG